GCGUAAGUAACAAGUUGUACGUUUCGCUGAGAACUCAACACGACCGACUGUUGCUAUAAAUAUAAUAAUUAAUAGAAAAUCGGUGCGACGCUCCUGCUUUGACAAUUUAUUUAUGUGCAUAUUCAUCACAUAUGAACAUACAUACAUAUGUAUAUUGCUUACAUAUGCAAUUAAAAUAAAUAAUUACGUAUUAGCAAAAACCAUAUGCGGUGGAGUAAAUAAUUCAUAAAUAUAUUACGCGUUUUUGAAAAAAAAAAAUCGCGCGGAACAAACGUGCUUUUUCAUGUUUUUAUUUUCUUGUGUACCAUUUACAGCUCGAAACGUGUGCUUUAGCUGAUUUACAACAGUUAUUGUAAUUAAUUGAUUGUUAAUAUUGCUACCCGCUUACGCGUGGAUUUAACGAUCGUAGCCGCACAUCAAAGGUGUUCAUAACAUAACGUGGUGGUGUUUGUGUGUGUGCUUAAGUGCGCGCUUAGAUGUGUGUGUACUUUUGAUCCUUGCACACAUCGCUGAAAAGCAACAGUUUCUAGUCCAUAUAGAAAAAGAAAAACAUAAAAAAUUGGAACAAAAAACCAAAAACCAAACUCGGUUCUGCCAAAUUUUACUUUUUUGCAACAACUUCUUUAAUAGUUGUUUAAGUAAUAAAAGGAUAUACAUAAAUAUAUAUAAAUAUAUACAAAAUGACGCGACCGAAGGAGGAUUCAAAAUUCAAAGCAUUCCUGCGGGAGAACUCGCUAACUAUGCUAACUGUGACCGGUGUGUUCCUGGGCGGUUUAGUUGGCUUCAUCAUCAAGAACAGUACUGGCGAUUGGACGAAGCGUGAGAUUAUGUACAUAUCCUUUCCUGGUGAACUAUUCUUGCGCAUGUUAAAAUGUUUGAUUGUGCCAUUAUUGGUGUCAUCCAUCACGAGUGCCAUUGGUGGCCUCGAUCUCAGCAUGUCGGGGAAGAUAGCCAUACGCGCCAAUGCUUAUUAUUUCCUCACAACAAUUUCCGCCGUUGUUUUGGGCAUUUGCCUGGUAACAACAAUACGACCGGGUCAAGGUGCAAAAAUUGUCGAAGUACGCACUGAAUCCGUGGAUAAAGCAUCGAAAGUGCUGACACCCGAUACGCUGAUGGAUUUAGUGAGAAAUAUGUUUACAGAUAACAUUAUACAAUCGACAAUGUUUCAGUAUCGCACUGAAAUCUUCGAAAACACGAGCAUCAGUCCGCCAGUGCCCAUGGAAGAGUGGGAUUUCAAGUCGGCACAACGUGAGGGCUCCAACGUACUCGGUUUGGUUAUGUUCAGCGUAAUUUUGGGCACAACAAUCGGGCGCAUGCGCGAGAAAGGUCAAUUAUUGCAAGACUUCUUUACCUCCCUGAGUGAAGCCAUGAUGACCAUAACAUCUUGGGUUAUAUGGAUAUCACCACUCGGUGUAGGAUUUUUAAUAGCUGCGAAAAUUAUUGAAAUGGACUCGAUUACGGCAACGAUACAAUCUUUGGGUUGGUACUUUAUAACGGUAAUGUUAGGCCUAUUCCUGCACGGCUUUGGCACUAUUGCUGUGAUAUUCUUUUUGGGUACGGGUACAUUGCCAUACCGGUAUAUUGCUAAAUUAAGUCAAGUCUUGGCCACUGCCUUCGGUACUGGCUCCAGUUCGGCCACCAUGCCGUUGACAAUUAAAUGUCUCGAUGGCAUUGGCAUUGAUCCGCGUGUAACACGUUUCGUUAUUCCCGUUGGCGCGACAAUCAACAUGGAUGGCACAGCGUUGUAUGAAGCGGUGGCAGCUCUCUUCAUUGCUCAAUAUCGUGAGAUGAGUUAUUCUUUUGGUAAUAUUGUUGCGGUCAGUAUCACGGCUACGGCAGCGUCGAUAGGUGCCGCGGGUAUACCACAAGCCGGUCUGGUAACUAUGGUGAUGGUGUUGGAUACUGUGGGACUGGAACCGAAAGAUGUCUCCCUGAUCAUUGCUGUCGAUUGGUUAUUGGAUCGGUUCCGUACUACCAUCAACGUCAUGUGUGAUGCAUUGGGCACCAUAUUGGUCAACCAUCUGUCGAGAAACGAUUUGCAGAGUGUUGAUCGGUUGAAUGCCGAACCACAUGAGCUCCUCGAACUCGGUGCGAAUGGCCAUGAAACGAAAGAAUGAAGACGAACCCUGCCUACCCCUCCCCGUAUAAAACCGAAACCUAAGCCAACGCACGAUACACACCGUUAAGGACUGUUUUGCAUAUUUUAAAGCAUUGCGACGCAUAAAUGUAACGGUGUGUGUGUAGAUCCAUGCGCGUGGCAUGCGUAACAUAAAAGUCAUAACGAUACAUCGCUCUUUGGUGCUUCUGUCUAUGUUUCAACAGAAAUUCUAAACUUUUGUGCUUCCAAAGUACAAAAACACCGAAUUUAUUUAUACAUGCAUACAUAUGUAUGUAUGUUUGUAUUAAGAAAGUGGAUUUUUUUUUCGAAAAAAAAAAAUAUAAAUGGUGAAAAGAUAUAUUUUCAAAAAUAAAAGUCUAUGGAGAUAUACGUUACCGAUUCGAGUUCAAAAAAUAGUAUUUUCAAAAAUUGGUUACAUUAAUAAUAAAAAAAAAAACAUUGUAAAUAAAGACGAAUUUAAAAUUUUUUUCUAAAAUUAAAUAAAAGAGUUAUUAAUUAGUUUAAUUAAAAUAAAUAAAUUUAAUAAAUAUAAAUUUAACAUAAAAAUAUUUAUAAUGCUCAGUAUGUAGAAAAAGAAAACAGAAAGAAGACAUCAGAACAUAUUAAAAUUAUAUAGAAUUUUGUAAAUGUUUAGAUCUAGGGCAUUGUUAAAUAUCGAUUUAGACGGGAAAUGUUAAAUUAUAAUAGAAGGCCAGUUAAUUAUACUCAAACAUUGAAAUUGUUUACAUUCAAUGAAAAAUUAUUGUAAUAGAACAAAUAUAAAGAUGUACGUUUUUUGACUUAUCUUCUUAGUAUCAGCAUUUACUUUAUUUCUGUAAGCAAAUACAUAUACACGUACAUAUAGCAAAAUAGUAUGGAUAUACUUCAAUUUGUAUUUAUACAAUAAAAAAUCACUCGCCAAAAAUAUAUGCUGUUUUCAAAAAAUAUACAAAUAUAUAGUUGAUUCAAAACAAAAAGUAUAAGUAAAAAUCAAAAUAAAAAUAUUCAAAGAUUAAGUUAAGUGUUAAAGUGUAUAACAUACACAGCAUUCAACCAUGCAGUUCAAAUUUAACGUUUACCAAAAAUUUGCAAAGAAAUACUUGCCCAAAAAAUAUAUUUAUAAAAUAUUAUAAUAAAUAAUUAGUAAAUAUUACCUUACUCGACGUAAAUACAAAAGUAUUUUCCCUUAAAAAUUGCAACCAAAAACCAACCGCUCACAUGAAUCCAUAUACAUACAUAUAUGAAUAACGAGUAAUUUUACAAUUGUUAUUAUUAACAUUAUUAUGAAUGUUCGUAUUAAGAACUUGUAAAUACUUAAUAGUAUAAGAUCGAUUUAUGACAAUAAAGUACAUGCGUAUAAAUAAUACAAUAUACAUACACAUACACA